GGCACAGAAUGAGAAGCAGCGGCUCCCCAGCGACCCAUUAAUUAGGCAGAGCUUGGAAUCAUCAUUGUUCAGGGGCGACGGAUGCUGGCUUGCACCUGUUGCGGCUGAAAUCAGCGGAGAGCAGUGUAUUCGUGCGUUGGUUUCAAGAUUCGCUCAGAACCAUUUCAGCGCCGGACGAAAUUUGCUUCACAUCGCCUGUUGAGCAUGGCUGGGCACUUCGGAGUGUGUUCACGGCUCUGGUUGACGUAUGUCAUUCUUUUUCUCAGGACAGUUAACAUUUCUCUCGCUCAACCCAGACGACGUGCGCCCACGUUUUGCCAGCCACCGCAAAACCCUCCAUUUGGAGUGCUCUCAGGGAGCUCUACAAAAUGGUAUUCCAAAUGGAAUGUCAAGUGCAACAUAGGUUAUAGCAUGGAUAGCAAUGUGCCACAGACAACAUCUUGUCAGCCCGAUGGCACAUGGUCACUGCUACAACGGCCGUGUAUUCCCGAUUGUCCGCUACCGCAAAACCCUCCGUUUGGAGUGCUAUCGGGAUCCUCUACAGGAGUGAAUGCCGCGUGGAGCGUGACGUGCAACAGUGGAUAUAAAAUAGAUAGCAGCGUGGCGCACACAACCUAUUGUCAGCGCAAUGCCACAUGGACACAGCUACAAAUGCCAUGUAUCCCCAAUUGCCAGGUGCCACGAAACCCUCACUUUUCAGAGCUCGUGGGAUCCUCUACUAUAACGAAUGCCUUAUGGAACGUGACAUGCAAUCUUGGAUAUCACAUGGAUGCCAGCGUGCCACAGACAACCGUUUGUCAACGCAAUGGUCAAUGGUCACCUCUACAAAUGCCAUGUAUCCGUAUUGCACUGAUCGGCCAUAGAUACUGCUCUCAGACUGCAACGAUCCUGAAGCGCUCCGCCAUCUCGAGUUUCUACUCGUGGACUCAAGCUAAAGAAAUGUGCGAGUUGAAUAAUGGACGCCUGCUAACCGAGGAUGCACACCAUGCUGGAUGCACGUCUGGCCUCCUCACAGCGGAGCAUAUCGCAUUGAUGAAUGCUCAUAACAAAGGCGUGGUAAAGACAACGGCAGGUCACAGUCACUUGAUGAAGGACCGGGUGUAUACCGUUUGCGAGUUCGAUUGCCUUCGUACCGCUGCUGAAGAUCACGUAGCUUCUGUUUCACCAGAAGGGAACGUCACCUGUGAUCUUGGUUUCGAAGACACUCAUAAUCAGCCGGUCUGCAGUCUGACACAUAUAGUGCGACCGUGUACCCCCAUUAAAUGCGGGACGCCUGAAAAGCCUCAUGGUGGGUCGCUCUCAGGGUGGAACCCUCAAACGUAUGGAUCCAGAGUGAUAGUGUUUUGUUACGUUGGAUAUCGAGCAAACACAAGCGUGCCGCAGCAAACUACUUGUCAGCUGAAUGGUACCUGGUCACCUUUAAACCGACCGUGCAUCCCCAUUGAUUGUGGACAGCCAGGAAACCCGCCUUUUGGCACACUAUCAAGUUCAAACUCCACGACCUUCGAAGCCAUCUGGCAUGUGACAUGCGAUACUGGCUAUAAAGCAAAUAACAGUGUGUCACAGACAACUACUUGUCGAGAUAAUGGGAUUUGGUCUCCUCUCUACAAUCCUUGUAUUGUCAAAAUUGGUCCAAGAACAUUGCCCUCUUUGGUGGUUGGAGAGGCGCGCCCUGCAACCACCGUACUAACCACUGCUAGUUCAGCCAGCAAUUCCAAUGGAAUGGCCGGGCUGGUAACGAAGGCGGUCACACAGACACAUGACCAAACCUCGAGCGGGCUGGCAACGAAGGUGGUCACAAAGACACAUGACCAAACCUCGAGCGGGCUGGUAACGAAGGCGAUCACACAGACACAUGACCAAACCUCGAGCAGCCAGGAGCUUCGUUCACGUCCUAUCAGCACCACUACCCACUGGCCUAGUCAUGCGGUCAGCACCAAUAGAAAUGGGACUCAACGUGCUGUCAGUAACACUAGGGAUGGGUCUAGAGUUACUCAGUCAUUAUCUAAGACCAAGCUCAAAUUGGACAGGGAUAUGGAAAAGACCAAGGACAAAGAUGCGUGGCUGCUGCCAGUUGUUUAUAGUGGACUGUUCGUUCUUGCAAUAGCAGGCAUUUGGCUUCUGGUGUAUCUGCGCAAACGGUUAAGCUUGCCCCGAGCUGUAGACGACUAUCCCUUUAAUGACAGCACCAAUGGACAGUAUUCUUUGGACGUGAAUGACUCCCCAAUCGGGACUGCCAGGAGCUCCUUCAAAUUGGUUACUGUGCCGGAAACAGAUGACUGCGCCAAAGAUAAAGAUGACGACAUCAUGCUGUGUGAGAAAUAUCAGAGUAUUAUGAAGAGAUCUCAAAGCUUAGAGGGGACCAGUUCCUGUUUGAAAGGACAGUUGGAGGUACGGACGCGGCCAGACAAGAAUGAUGAUUCUUACGUCAUCACGUACAUCAAACACAGAGACAUUAGGCCUCUCGAUUGCCGACAAAGUAAAUGUGUCAGCCCCUGGUAUCAGUCAUGGCCGCGAAAUGACAACCACACGAGGAUGUACACAGAUGAGGGAGCGAGUCAUCCAUCUAGUACUGGGCCCAGCAGGUCCAAGAUUAGAAAGUUGCCUAGUAGAUCCUUGAGUUUGGUGUCAGGAGAUACAUUGGAUUAUGGAGCUUUGGAUGAACUUUCCUCCAACAUAUACAAGGAGAUUCCCCGCCCAAAGAAGCGAGGCGAAAGAAAAGCCGGCCAUGUGACCAAAUGUUAUGAUAAUGCAAUGCCGCCUACCUCGGCGGAAGAGAUUCAAGUGUACUCUGCCGUGCAGAAGAAAACGCAUGGCCCAACCGGUGGUGAAUCCCACCAAUCAUCCACCACAAUCAACAGUGACAUGGACUCUAAUUCUUCAAACGACUCGGAUCUCGGCAGAUCAGUGACGAUCCGUAGUAAUGUGAUGUACCAGAACUCGAAGGAACUAGAUUCCAGCGGAAACCAGACGAUCCCUAGCAAUUCAGUCUCCAUGACUGCUGAACCAGAGCAAUCUGAUCUGUAUGUGAAUAUGAUGUACAGUGACAUGGUGCCACCGCGUCAUGGAAAGAAGCUGUCCCUUGUGAGUGAGGGAAGCUGGGCAAGCAAUGCCUACUACCCAGUGCCACAAGAUACAGGUGAACACAACUGAUCACAAGCCACCGGUAGCCCCGUUGAGGAAGAACACUGUGAAGACGUUUGCGGCAGGCCAGACGCGUGAUUGCAUACUCUCAAUGGCAAGAGAUUUCUUUAGUGCAGAAUGCAGUUGGUGAUAUUUUAUCCCAGCGCAUUUGUCCUGCGCAGACCUUCCUGGCUAGAAACGAGAUGUCGUCCGUGAAUUGGGUAUCGUCCAUUUGAACACGUCAGAAACCGGCCAUGCCUUUCACGCAGGCCAAGGUCACUAUGUAAACUCUAAUGCAGGAUUGCUACACAUACAUACGUGCAACAAUAUAAGCACAGGCUUAGUAUAGAAUUUCCCAACUCCCUCUUCUGAUUCAAUCUGCUUCGGACGUGAGCGACGCAGAAACGCUGCGCCGUUGCCAUACAAUACGUGUGAUCAAUUGACUGGCGUAGUAUUCAUUGUCCAUGAACCACGUUUCCUUGUAGUCUUUGCAGUAUUUGUAAUGUACAUGACAAUGCGGAUUUCCAUGAGAAAUAACUCUUUUGUUCUAAUCCCUCCCACAAUUGUUCCUGUUAGAAAGUUGCAUAUCUGUUGUAGCCUUAUAAUUAGCUGCUUUUUCACUUAGAUUGUAAAGUUUUACCGACUAUUUUUUUUGUGUUUCCCAAUUGAGGUACCCUGUAAUGUGUGAGUGGCUGCAAUGCAGUCUGCGAGUACUUAGAAAAGUUUCCCAACUACCUUCAUUAACCCCUGGGGUAUUUUGUCCCUCUGUAACCAUCGGCUGAGAAUGCUUCCGAAGUGCUUAUGAAAUCAUCGGAAUGCGGAUUUCCAUGAGAAAUAACUCUUUUGUUCUAAUCCCUCCCGCAAUUGUUCCCGUUAGAAAGUUGCAUAUCUGUUGUAGCCUUAUAAUUAGCUAUUCAUUCUAAGAAUUAGUGUGUACUGAGCGCUCCAAUUAAAUUUAAUCUUAAACUA